GUAACAUUGAAACUCUACUGUCUAUCGUGUUUCAAGGUUUUCGGAAGAACCUCGGUGACUUUUGUUAACUUUAGUCAUAUUAUUUCUCGUCAGUCACUUCGAGGUGAAUGGAUCAUAAAUAAUAAAGCGUUUAUCCGAAAUAAAGACAGACUUGGCAGAACUAUUAUGCUCAUUUAUUCAGAAAAGGAACUUGAAGUUCUUUCCAAACAGAGAACGAAUAAGCAUGUCUUCUACAUACCAAGCCUGGCAUGUCUACCGGAACGCAUCAACCCAGAGCGAAAAAUCGCUCGACAUUCUAGACAAUCUGGUCCUGGAAGAAAUUGAAAAACCAGUUCCCGGCCCCGGACAGGUACUCGUGCGUAUUCAUGCAGCAGCACUAAAUUUUCGCGACUUACUUAUCACGGCCUUCUCGCCCAAGUAUCCCGUUCCAACCACGCUUGGCUUAUCUCCUUGCUCUGAUGGAGCAGGUGCAAUAGAAGCCGUGGGUCCGGACAACAAAAUAUGGAACGUUGGUGAUGAAGUGAUAUUCAGGGUUAGCAAUUCAUGGGAUAGUGGUGAUGUAUCCAACUUCAAGGGCAAUGGAAUUGGUAGUGGAGACAUACACGGGACCUUGAGUCAGUAUCUAGUCAUGGAUGAGUCAUGGUUGGUGAGGAAGCCCACUCAUCUCACAUGGGAACAUGCCGCCAGUAUCGCUGGUGCCGGUGGAACUGCAAUCCAAGCCCUAUUCCACAACGGAAUAUCCAACGGAUUGGAUCUUUCAGGGAAGACAGUCCUGACUCAAGGCACCGGUGGCUCUUCAAUAUUCUGCGCUCAAUUCGCCGUAGCUGCCGGAGCCCGGGUCAUUGGUACAACUAGUUCAGAGUCCAAGGCGGAGUUACUCAAGAGCCUUGGGGUGCAUGAAGUGGUGAACUAUAAAAUCCACCCUGCAUGGGCCGAUGAGGUUUUGAAGCUCACAGAAGGCAGGGGUGUUGAUCUUGUCAUCGACGUCGGAGGGUCUGCUACUUUUGAACAAAGUCUGAAAGCUGCACGAUUUGGAGGUACAGUAGCUGCAGUAGGAUUUUUGACGGAGCCUCAACCGUCUGAUCCGGGCUUGAUACAUACGAUCAUUUUCGGUGCUAAGACGCUCCGAGGUCAAAUGGCGGCUAGCUUGGUGAUGUACCAUGAGAUGGUUGAGUUGAUGGAAAAGCACAAAAUCGAGCCUGUUGUUGGACAGGUGUUUGAGUGGUCAGCGGCUAAGGAAGCCUUCAAGGCAUUGAUGAAGCAGAGCGUGCCGGGAAAGAUUGUGAUAAAAGUGUGUCAAUGCGGAAGGAGUGGGACCUACGGAGCUAUGGGUUUUCCUAUUGGCCAACCAAGUAGCAUGACGCGCUCCUGGACCUCAACCCUCAAGCUCCCUCGCUCGUCCUUUCCCGCACGAGUCUCUGUCGCGGACCAAGCGAAAUAUCUGCGAAAAUGUUCUGACGAGCUAUACGCCUGGCAGCGCGAGAACCGGCCUGCCAACGAAACAUUCGUACUACACGAUGGUCCUCCGUAUGCGAAUGGCGAAUUGCACGUCGGUCACUCCCUCAACAAAAUCUUGAAGGAUAUCAUCAACCGUACACAAUUGAGUCGUGGAAAGCGGAUACAUUACGUUCCAGGAUGGGACUGUCAUGGAUUGCCUAUUGAGCUAAAGGCGCUUCAGGCACAACAAAAAAAUGUGAUUGAUUUCACCCAAGGUCCCGGGUCCGCAGCGACGAUUCGAAAAGCUGCACGGAAACUCGCGGAGAAAACAGUCAAGGAACAAAUGCGUGUAUUUCGAGGAUUCGGUAUUAUGGCAGACUGGGAGGGCCAUUGGAAGACAUUGGACAAGGGAUUCGAGAUGAAACAAUUAGGAAUCUUCAGAGAAAUGGUAGAGAAAGGCCUGAUAUACCGACGCUUCAAACCGGUUUACUGGUCACCAUCGACGGGGACCGCAUUGGCCGAAGCUGAACUGGAAUAUAAUGAUAAUCACAUCUCCACAGCCGCGCUUGUGAGAUUCCCAUUAGCCAAACUACCAGAACAAAUAAGGGACAAGCCACUGGUUGACGUGACUUCGUUAAGUGCUGUGAUUUGGACUACGACACCGUGGACACUACCGGCUAAUGCAGCGAUUGCCGUUCACGAAUCGCUAAACUAUUUGAUCGUUCAAUCGAGCAACCAUGGACAGCUGCUAAUCGCGGAAUCGAGACUCGGCUAUUUCCAAGAUAUGCUCAAGGAGGAACUCCAAGUUCUUGUCCCUUCAAUUCAAGGAUCUGAGCUAUGCCAGAAAACGACUUAUAGGCCGCUAUUUCCUAGAGACGGAGUCGAAGAACAACCUAUCAUUGCUGCAGAUUUUGUGACGGCUGAUUCUGGAUCCGGUUUGGUUCAUUGCGCGCCGGGCCACGGAAUGGAUGAUUAUGAAGUAUGCCUUGCACAAGGAAUCCAAGCUUUUGCUCCUGUUACCGACGAAGGAUGCUUUACAGACGAAGCUAUGCCUCGCGAUCCAUCCUUUCUAUCAGGGAAAAGCGUCCUAGACGAGGGGAAUACAUUGGUCUUGCAAUAUGUUGAAUCAAUGAGCCAGCUACUUUGUCAACACAAAUAUGAGCACAAAUACCCCUACGACUGGCGAUCAAAACGGCCGAUCAUUAUACGUGCUACUGAGCAAUGGUUCGCCGACGUAGCCAACAUUCGCGAGUCGGCUCUGGCAUCGCUAGAGGACGUGACAUUUGUUCCGGCGUCCGGUAAGCAGAGAUUAAAGAAUUUUGUGCAGAAUCGAACCGAGUGGUGUAUCUCACGCCAACGGGCAUGGGGUGUCCCUAUACCAGCUUUGUACGACAAAGUGACCGGUCAAGCGGUACUCACCAAGGAAACGGUUUCUCAUAUUAUGAAUGUCAUUGAUGAGCGUGGUAUUGAUGCGUGGUGGACAGACAGUCCUGAAGAUCCCGCAUGGAUACCUCCGUUCCUUCAGCAAGAUGGUUCUUCAGAUUAUCGCCGUGGUACGGAUACGAUGGAUGUUUGGUUUGACAGCGGAACCAGUUGGACCCAAGUAGAAAAUGAAUCACUCGAGAAGGACCGCCCAGCAGACAUCUACCUUGAAGGGACUGACCAACAUCGCGGCUGGUUCCAGUCUAGUCUUCUUACUUAUGUCGCACAUCAAGUGGCUUCUGGAAAGAGCGAUGCUUCGACUAUCAAAUCACCAUUCAAGCACCUCAUCACCCACGGCUUUACUCUUGAUCAAGAUGCUCGCAAGAUGAGCAAAUCUAUCGGGAAUAUCAUACAGCCAGACGCUAUCAUGAACGGUACGCUUCUUCCCCCGCUCAAGCAAAAGAAAUCCAAGGGCACCAAAGAACAGAAGGUAUCCGGCCCGGUUUACGACGCACUUGGACCUGACGCUCUCCGGUUAUGGGUGGCCAGCAGCGACUAUACUCGAGAUGUUGUCAUUGGACAGCAGGUUUUGCAAACUAUCAAUACGAGUUUACAUAAAUACCGCGUCACUUUCAAAUUGCUGCUCGGUGCUCUCGGAGACUUUGAUCCUAGUGUGAAUCUACGUCAAUAUGAAGAUCUUCACAAAAUCGAUCGCCUGGCGCUGAUGCAAUUGACUCGAUUGGUGGACACUUGUCGAAACGCAUUUGAUAGCUUUGAGUUCUACAAGGCCGUCAACGCCUUGAAUCGUUGGGCAAACCAUGAAUUCUCAGCCUUUUAUAUGGAAACCCUCAAGGACAGAUUAUACACUGAGGCAGAAGACGGUGCUAGUCGACGUGCAGCACAGACCACAUUGUUCCACAUCUACACAUACUUGCAGGAACUGCUGGCUCCAAUCACUCCUUUACUCGUUGAAGAGUCUUGGGAGCAUACUUCAGAGCGUGUGAAGGCACAGCUUAAACAUCCGCUACAACGGAUUUCUCGGGCAGCACCUGCCGAGUGGGUCGAUGAGACAACCAGCCACGAUUUCGUCGAUCUCAUGGCAGCCAAUGCAGCUGUCAAAAUCAUUCAAGAAUCGGCGCGAUCGAAGAAACAGAUGGGCUCUUCCCUACAAUCUUUUGUCUAUUUCGAACUACGCGACGAGUCACUUGGCACUUUCCAACGCUAUAUUAGUGAGCUUCCGGAUCUCUUCGUGGUAUCGUCGGUGUCUCUGGGUGUCAAGGGAUCGGAUCUCCCUGGUGAGAUUGCAAGUGCUAAAUGGAGCUAUACACAGGAAUUCGAAUUGCCCAAUUCCAAGCAAAAGGCGACAGUGCAUGUGUAUGCACCAACCCAGGCUAAAUGUCCUCGCUGCUGGCGGUAUGCUGCCCCAGAAGCUGUGGCAGAGGAGCCUCCUCUAUGCGAGCGAUAUCAAUGUACGAUAAGAGGAGCUGAUAAGAUGAAAAUCCGGGGUAAUCCCUCGCCUUACCAUAUCGGGGCUAGUCCCGAUCAAAGUAAUGACGUAUGUAUUCCAACCUCCGAAAGAGUCCAGAUCGCUCGGAUCGGAUUAUUUUAA